AUGGCCAACCUCGCCAAAACCAUAGUCGCGACCGGCGUCUCCUCAGGCCUCGGCUUCGAGGCCAUGCGCCAGCUCCUCGAGCAGUCGCAGCCCUACAACAUCAUCCUGGGCGCCCGCAACACGCAGCGCGCAAAAGAAGCCUACGAUGCGCUCAAGUACGACCGCGACGCCAACCCCGUCACGAUCCUGCCGCUGGAGAUGAACGACCUCGGCAACGUGCAGAGCUUUGCAUCGCAGGUGCAGCAGCACCUCCAGAGCACGAAGCUAGACUACGUCCUUCUCAACGCUGGCAUCACGGGCUCCGCGGCGGCUGGACCGACUGGCAGCAAGUGGUGCGAGCCGUUCGUUGUGAACCAUCUCUCGCACCAUUAUCUGAUGCACCUGCUCAAGAGUAGGAUCUCCGAAUCGAAAUCGCGUGUCGUCUUUGUUUCGUCGGGCGCUGUCCGUAUGGUUCCCGACGAGUACAUUCCCAAACUCGAAGAGUCUGUGAAAGCUGGUGCUGAAACCGAUGGCCGGCUGGUCUACGCAAUCACCAAGUUCAUUGGCCUCCUCGGUGCUCACUGGUGGCGUCGCGAGCUCGGUGACAAGGCCACCGUCGUCGCUGUCUCGCCAGGUCUUAUCCCCGCCACUGGCAUUGCGCGUGGCUAUGACCUGAAGUUGAACCACAACUCAUCCGACGCCAAGUCCCCGGCUGAAGGUGGCGCAAAUGUGCUCCGCGCGAUGGAGAGGAAUGACCUCCCUGAGGACCCAGAGCAGAUCUUCCUCACAAGCUGGGGUGAGUGGUGGCCCAAGGACGUGUACGGGCAAUCCCUCGACAAGAAGUUGCAAGAUCAGUUCUGCCCCUCCAAGGAGCAAAUUGAAAAGGAGGAGGGUCUCGCAGCGUAA